AUGUACGAACCAAUCGCCAUUGUGGGAACAGCCUGCCGCUUCCCCGGCUCGGCAAGCACCCCGUCCAAGCUCUGGGAGCUGCUCAAGGCGCCCCGCGACGUCCUCAAAUCGUUCGCCCAGGACAGACUGGGGACCGAGGGGUACUACAAUGCCAACGGCGACAUGCGCGGGCGCUCCAACGUCCUGCACAAGUCGUACCUUCUCGAGGAAGACACGCGCCAUUUCGACAACGCGUUCUUCCACAUCAACCCCAAGGACGCCGCUGAGAUGGAUCCCCAGCAGCGGAUGCUUCUUGAGACAGUUUAUGAAGCAUUUGAAGCUGCGGGGCUGUCUCUUGAGGCUGUUGAUAACAGCCAGACUUCGGUGCAUGUUGGGGUUAUGACUGAUGACUAUCAGUGUAUCCAGUCUCGGGACCCGGAUACGCUCGGCGGCCAUGCUGCUACUGGUGUAUCCCGGUCGAUUCUUGCGAACCGCAUCUCCUACGCCUUUAACCUCCAGGGUGCUUCCCUGGCGCUGGAUACCGCCUGUUCCAGCUCCCUCGUUGCCCUCCACAUGGCCGUGCAGGGUCUCCAGCGCGGAGAAGCCACACAGGCCGUGGUGGCAGGCACAAACCUCCUCAUGGACUCGACCUGGUACAUCAUGGCAAGCUCCAUGCACAUGAUCUCGACCGAGUCUCGUUGCCGCAUGUGGGACCGCGAUGCUUCCGGUUACGCACGUGGUGAAGGUGUCGCAGCCGUUGUUCUCAAGACACUCUCCCAGGCGAUCGCGGACAACGAUCGCAUCGAGUGCAUUAUCCGCGGAACUGGCGUCAACUCGGACGGACAGGGCGAUGGCCGCGGGAUUACGAUCCCCUCGCCGGCUGCGCAGACGGCGCUCAUCCAGUCGACGUAUCGUGCUGCAGGCCUGGAUCCUGUUGCGGAUCGGUGCCAGUACUUUGAGUGCCAUGGCACGGGCACGCAGGCUGGAGACCCAGCAGAGGCGCAGGCUAUUCGAGACGCAUUCCGGAGUGAAAAAGACCUGCCCGUUCUGUACUGCGGCUCGAUCAAAAGCGUCAUCGGCCAUCUCGAAGGCUGCGCUGGAUUAGCGGGCGUGAUCAAGGCCUCGCUGGCGAUCCAGAACAAGACGAUUCCCCCAAACAUGCACUUUAACAAUCUGAGUCUCAAGGUUGCACCGUUUUACGAAGGCCUCCAAGUUCCGACGACUCUGAUUCCCUGGCCCGACACCGGCAAUGGGCCGCGCAGGGCGAGUGUAAACAGUUUUGGGUUUGGCGGCACCAACGCGCAUGCGAUUCUCGAGAGCUACGAGCCGUCCAAUACCGAAGAACAGCAGGCUACUAGUGGCAUUUCCGAGUGUGAAGAGGCUGAGCAAACGCUCGUGGGCCCGUUCGUGUUCUCGGCCAGAAGCCAGGCGUCGUUGGUGAGCUGGCUCCAGCAACUGGUCAACUACCUCCGGGCCAACGAGUCCGUGGACCUCGAGACCUUGAGCAGCACGCUACAUUCGAGGAGAUCUGUCUUUCGAUACCGAACUGCAAUCCCAACGGCCGUGGACCGCGACGACCUCGUCGAGAAGUUGACCGACCAAAUCAACAUGCUCACCACCGCAAGCGACGGGUCCCCGUCUUCGGUGGCUGGAGGAGCUACCGGGGAGGGUGUGUCGAUUCUGGGCGUAUUCACUGGCCAGGGCGCCCAAGCAGCCCAAAUGGGCUACGCCCUCUUCAAGCACUGCCCUUCCUUCCGAGACUCGAUCCUCGAAUGCGAGCGCCUCCUCGCCUCAAUCCCCGACCCUCCAACCUGGUCCCUAAGCGCCGAGCUCUCCGCUCCCCCAGGCGAGUCGCACGUAUCCGAAGCCCGAUUCUCACAGCCCCUCUGCACCGCAAUCCAGAUCGCCCUCGUCGACCUCCUCCGUCUCUGCGGGGUCCGCUUCCGCAGUGUCGUCGGGCAUUCCUCUGGCGAGAUCGGUGCUGCGUAUGCCGCCGGAUUGUUGACCCGACGAGACGCCAUGGGGAUAUCGUACUACCGUGGGUGUGUGUCGAAGCUUGCGCAAGGCGCGAACGGGCAGGCUGGAUCCAUGAUGGCCGUUUCCAUGUCGCGGGAUGCAGCAACUGCGCUUUGCGCGGAACAGCAGUUCCAGGGCCGGGUUACGGUUGCCGCAAGCAAUUCGCCUUCCAGUGUGACGCUGUCCGGAGACCGUGAUGCCAUCGCCGAGAUGAAGCGGGUCCUUGAUGGGCGGCAGGUGCAGGCCCGAGUGCUGCAGGUUGACACGGCGUACCACUCGCAUCAUAUGCGGGCCUGUGCUGAGCCAUACUUGCAGCGCCUGAAGGACCUCGGGGUUACUGUCCAGACACCGCCGGCUGAUCAGGAGUGUCGGUGGUAUUCGAGUGUUUGGCUCGAUACGGACAUUCUCGAAGCUCCGCUGGAAAUGGGAUUGGACGGCGAGUACUGGGCUCAGAACCUGGUGCAGCCGGUCCUGUUCUCGGAGGCCGUUACCUCUUCCGUGCAGGGCAAUGGCGGGAGCUUCAGUACCGCUAUCGAAGUCGGUCCCCAUGGCGCUCUCAAAGGGCCUGUCACCCAGACUCUGAAGCAAGCCUCGAUGCCCUACACGUCGUGCUUAAGCCGCGGCCAGAACGCCAUGGAGACCUUUUCGGAUGCCCUCACUGCUCUCUGGACUUUGGCUCCUACCUCUGUCCAGCUUUCGGGAUGGCGCACAGCCCGCGGGCACGAUCGCUCGAAGCCCCCAGUCCCACUCAGCGACCUCCCACCCUACGCAUGGGACCACACGCAACCCCACUGGCGCGAGUCCCGCGUCUCUCGAAGCUACCGUCUCAACCCGCAGCCCACACAUGACCUGCUCGGACGCCUCUGGCAAGAUACAGGUUCAGAGCACAUGUGGCGAAACACCCUGCGACUGGAAGAAAUGCCCUGGCUCCGUGGCCACGUCUUCCAGAGCCAGAUCCUCUUCCCGGCGACGGGGUAUAUCAGCUUGGCUGUUGAUGCCACAAAGGUGUUUGCCAAGAGCCAUGGUCACGCUGUAAGGCUCAUCGAGGUGCGGGAUAUGACGAUCCCGACAGCGCUGCCGGUCAACGAGGGCGACGAAGUCGAGAUUAUCUUCACGAUCCGUGCCCGGGGUUCUGUGGAUCCGCGAUCCUCCACCAUCGAAGCGGAAUUCACCUGCCACAGCUACGCCCGCAGCGACCAGCACGUCGAAGCCGACAAGAACUGCCAGGGCCAGCUGACCAUCCACCUCGGAGACCCUGCGGCAACAGACCUCCCCCCAACAUCCAUUUCCAAGAUCGAACUGACUCCCUACAACGUCGACCGGUUCUACCAGGCCGCGUCGGAAAUCGGGUUCGCGUACUCGGGACCCUUCCGAGGGCUCGAGGCAUUGAACAAAUGCUGGGGUCACGCAAAGGGCGUAGCGGUGUGGGAUGAGGAGGAUCCGGAUAUGCAGAUCGCUUGCACCCUGCAUCCGGCUGUUACGGAUGUUGCCUUUCAGACGGGUCUCUCGACAAUCCUCUCCAUGGCCGAGCGGUCCAUGCACAGCCCAUAUCUCCCCGUGGGGAUCAAGCGGGCCAUCAUCGAUCCGAACCAGGCCUUUGGGGCUGGCUCCCAGGUUAGCAUCGAGGCGUAUCUGACCAGCCCCACUGUUGGCUUGGGUCCACGGAUCGAGACCGAUAUCAGUGUCAAGAGCACAGGGGGCGGGAGCACCGGGGAGGUCUGCGAGAUCCAACUCGAGGGCGUAGCCUUCAAGGCGCUUUCCGAGCAGCUGCCAUCGGAGGAUCGAAACAUGUACGCGAAGACGGUCUGGGGACAUGACGCAGCACAUGGCUUGUCGCUCCCUCCGGCUGCUGUCGUCGUGGAGAAGUCUGCGUCAAGCUACGCAGCAGAGGACUACGAGCGGGUUGCACUGUUCUACCUGCGCCGUCUCAGCGAUUCAGUCACCCCACAGGAUAUGCAUUCGUCGCAGCCCCAUCACCAGAGGCUCAUCCGGUGCAUCAAUGCGAUCACAGCGAAUAUCCGCGCGGACACCAAUCGCGGCUUUUUCAAAGGUGAAUGGCUGCCCGAUACCCCCGAGACAAUUUCGGAGCUGGUCUCUCGCAGUCCAACCGACCCCGACAUGGUGGCACUGCUAGCGAGCGCCGACCGGACGCAGUCCUUGAUGAAUGGGCGGUUCAGUGGGCAGGAGCCGAACUUCUCUGUCUAUCAGGGCUUGAGUACCCGGGGCACAGGGUGCAGCCAGGCAAUCGCACAGCUCGUCGCCCAGAUCAGCCACACGUUCCCGAGAACGAACAUUCUGCACCUGUGCGGCGACGCUGGUGCUGGUACUGUCAGCACCGUCACCGGGAUCCUGGAUGCCGUCGGCGAUGCCUACGCGGCUUAUACCUGUGUGAAUCCCUCGCAGGAUGUCGUUGAUCAGCUGAAGAGCAGUGAGAAGCUAGCUCCUGCGCUAGACACGGGGAGAUUCUCGUUCGACGUGUUCAAUCCCGAGGAUGAGGAUGCUGUUCCCGCUGGCAAGAAAAGGGAGCUCUACGAUGUCAUCAUAGUCACCGACCUGUGCCGUGCACGCAAGGAUCUUCCCCAAUCCAUCCGCACGCUGCGGAGUCUGUUGCGCCCCGGUGGCUUCUUGAUCUCGAUGGAGCUCACCGGUGUGUCACUCGUGCCGAUGGCGAUGCUCGGAGGGGUCGAAGGCUGGUGGGAGAACGGAGACACAGCGUCGUGUCCAGCCAUCAAGACUGGCGAACUGGAUAACCUCCUCUCCAACAACGGGUUCUUUGGUAUCGACUCCAUCUUCCACGAUCAGCCCUCGCAAGCUACACAUGGCUACUCGGUUCUCGCCGCGCAGGCCAUGGACGAUCGUCUGGUGAUCCUUCGCAGCCCGCUGACAGCCCUGCACACAAUCCCACCAGCCAAGGUAUUGAUCAUCGGCGGCGAGACAAGUGGCGUCUCAAGCAUUAUCCGACAGGGCAGGAACUUUUUCCGUACCUGGGCAUCCGAGAUCCAACUAUACAGUCGAUUCGACACGGUUGAUGUUGCUCGCAUUCCGGAGGGUUGCUCGGUGAUUAACCUGCAGGACCUCGACAAGCCGCUCUUCUCAACGCCACCGUCUGUCAACGAGCUGAAGAAUCUGCAGGAGGUGCUGGGUCGUGCUCGCAAUAUUCUUUGGGUCACCUCCGGCCGCCUGGUUAAGGAUCCGUAUGCGAACAUCAUGGCCGGUAUUGGCCGGGCCUUGAACCACGAACAUGUCGAUUUGACUCUGCAGUUCCUCGACUUUGAUGAUGGGGAGCCGGUACAUGGCCAGACUGUGCUCGUUCAAUUCUUGCGCUUGGUCUUUUCAAUUUCUUCUCCGAGCGUUACGGAGGGGUUGCUCUGGGUCCAGGAGCCGGAGCUUGUGGUUAAGAAUGGACAGAUGGUCACACCGCGUGUGCUUCUGGAUACCGAGACGAACGAAGUCUUCAAUGCGGAUCGCCGGAAGGUGGUCAAGUCUGUUGGUUCUUCGGACCCCAUUGAGAUCGUCGAUGCAGGGUCGUCCGAAGCGAGAAUCGCUCGCAGCACUACGCCCAACGUCCCAGAGGGGCAUUUGCCGCUGCAAGUUGAGCUCUCUGUCGCCCUGCACGUCGAUGGCGAGGCUCCUCAGUAUCUGUCUUAUGGCCAAAUGGAUGGUGGACGUCCUGCAUUCGCCCUGUGCGAGGCCGAGUCGUCAGUGGUCGGUGUACCUGGAAAUCUCGACUUCGAGGCGCAUCUUGGUGAAGGGUGCGAUGCAGCGACUCUUGUCAAAGUGGCCACCCUCUUAAUUGCAUCCAGUAUUGUCUGCAGGACCUCUCCCUCCGGGGCAACGCUUGUCUGCGGUGCAUCAAAGGUUCUGGCCACGGCGAUCUCUACCUUGGCUGCGGAGGCAGGGAGGAGGGUCGUCUUCGUUACUGUGACCAGCGAGAAGGGGAGCCCUGAGCAGCUGGAUAGUCUCCAGGAAAUCCAGGUUCACCCGCAGAGCUCGAUCCGCACUGUGGCAAGGCUGCUCCCCCGUGAUGCAAAUGCUCUCUUCGACCUCUCCGGUGACAAGAGCGCCGCCUUUAUCGCAGCAUGUCUUCCCUCCGGAUCCAGGGCACAGGGCCUGGACGUCAGUCUGCUAUCCUAUGAUGCAGUUCAAAAAGCUGUCAACAUCUUCGCGGCACACCAUGACAUCCUAUCUUCCAUCCCAGCGCCCACCGUGCUCUCCCUUGCUGACAUCUCCCAGAAACGCACUGACAAGGCCGACCGUCUCUCGGUGGUCACAAAAUGGACCCGCGAAACUCCCAUCAACGCGGUCGUCCGCGGCCUCGAUCCCCACACGCUCAUCUUGCCUAACAAGACCUACUUCCUCGUCGGCAUGGCCGGCGAACUCGGACAGUCCCUCGCCUAUUUCCUCGUCCGCAGCGGCGCCCGCUACAUUGUCCUCUCUAGCCGAAACCCCAAGGACAACCAACACUGGCUGCAGGACCUCCGAUCUGCAGGGAUCGACAUCCGGAUGGUCAAAAUGGAUGUUACAGACCGCACCCAAGUCCUCGAAACAGUCAAACACCUCCGACAGACAAUGCCCCCAAUCGGCGGCGUGACCAACGCAGCCCUCGUCCUUGAACCCGGCGUCUUCGGGAACCUCUCUGCCGCAAGCAUCGCGAAGCAAAUGAUGCCCAAGAUCCACGGGACAGUCCAUCUCGACGAGGCAUUUGCCGACGCGCCGCCGCUCGACUUCUUCAUGUGUUUCGGGUCCCUGGGGACGACGAUCGGCAACCCGGGGCAUGCGAUCUACCACGCGGGCAACGCAUUCAUGCUCAGUCUCGUGGCGAACAGGAAGAGGCGUGGCCUUGCGGGUUCGAUUUUGAAUUUCGGGAUGCUGGUUGAUGUUGGGUAUGUGGCUAGGGCGGAUCGGAGCGAGGGGUCGAAUGUUGAGGAGUGGUUACGCACUGAUGGACUCAUUGCCCUGUCUGAAGCGGACUUCCAUCAUGUUAUCCUCCAGGGCAUUGCGGCGGGGAGACCGGGGUCGGGGAGCCAUGAGGUUAUCAUGGGUGUGGAGAUGUUCCAUGACAAGGGGCAGGCUACGCGGCCGCGGUGGGUGGGAUCCCCUCGCCUGUCGCAUAUGGUGCGCAAGGUUUCCGACGGUAACGAGGGUGGUGCAGGUGAUGCCUCUGCAUCUGGGGGAAGCCACCAGUCCCGGCUGGAAGCUGCGACGACGGUCGAGGAGGCCAUUCCUCCAGUGACGGAGCUCCUGUCGCAGAAGAUCAAGGCGAUGAUCCAUGUCUCGCUCGACUCGAUUCACCUUGAUGAGCCGCUCUCUCGGUUGGGCAUUGAUUCUAUCAAUGCGAUUGAGAUUCGAAAGUGGCUGUGGGAGCGCCUGCAGGUUGAGAUUCCGAUGGUCAAGAUCCUUGGACGGGACCCCUCUGCUGCGAUCAUUCGGUCCAUCGCAUCGCAGUAUCUUGAGAAACGACCUGAACGCGUGGAGGCACAACCAUCGACCGAGGAGAGUCCCGUUGCUGCAAAUGCCGAGGAGGCACAGCCAGCGAAAGCCGAGCCCACUGCUGAUGAGCAGGCACUCGGCCAAAGCCAGGGCUCCCUUGACAGCAAGAUCUCCUCAACCCCUUCCUCCUGGGAGAUCGUCCCGGGAUCCCCAGUUUCAUCUCUGUCUUCUGAGCGUGUUCUCGAGUUCACCCGCUCCGAGCGCUUGUCAUUCUCGCAAUCCGGGCUGUGCUACAUCCAUGCCUUCUCCGAAAGCCGAACAUCGCUCAACCUGACGACCCGGUGGAAGAUUGAUGGCCCGCUGGAUAUCGAGAGACUCACCCAGGCAUUCCAAAAGACCAUCGACCGCCACGACGCGCUUCGGACAUGCUUCUUUGUUGCCGAGGAAAGCUCUGAGGUGCAACAGUAUCUCAUGCGCACCAACGAGUUCCGACUCACCCGGCUGCAAUCUUCGCUGGAGACUGCCGAUGCCGAUGCGCAGCGCACCUUUGACAGCCUCAAGGCGCACGAGUACUCCAUCGAGACCGGCGAGACACUGCUCGUCAUCUUGCUGCAGCAUAAUGCACAGUCGCAUACUUUGGUCCUGGGCAUCCACAACCUCGCAGUCGACGUGGUCAGCAUCAUGAUGAUCCUCAAAGAGAUUGGUGCCGAGUAUCAGUCUCCUAGCUGGGGGCAGGCUCCUACCCUCUCGUACUUUGACUAUACCCGCCAGCAACGAGAGGAUGUGCAGAACGGACGCUUGGACGCGAGCAUCGACUACUGGAUCAAGCACCUCGACCCGAUUCCCGACCCCCUGCCACUGCUCCCCGUCGCCAAAGUGCGAGCCCGCCAGAGCAACCGCGCGUACGGCCACCACCACGUCACCAGAGAGGUAAGCAGUGACUUUGUGGCUGCCAUCACGGCGAUCGGCCAGUCGCAUGGCGAUGUCACCCCCAUGCAGUUCUACCUCGCCGCACUGCAGGUCUUUCUCCGCCGGUUGCUCAAUCUAGAUGCGGACAUUGUCAUUGGUGUCGUGCACGCCGGCCGCGACGGGCUGAGCAAGUUCCGCGAGACGGUCGGGCAUAUGGCUACGAUUCUCCCGAUUCGAUUCAAGGGCGCGCUCGAUAAAGCAUUCCCAGAGGUGCUGCAAGACACCCGUACAACGCUCGUGAGCAGCCUCGACCACGCACACAUUCCAUUCGCCCUCAUCGUCGACAAGGUCGUGCGCCGCCGGCCAGGGAUGAGCGAGGGCAACAUGCCGCUCAUCCAGGUCGGAUUCGACUACAUGGCCAAUGUGAGUCUUUCCGGCCCCCUUGAUGCAGACAGCACCAUUGCACUGGAAGAUGCGGACUUUACUACUGUCUACGACCUGGUGCUCGAUAUUCAGCCCUCGGCUGAUGGGAAGGGCGGGCAUAUCCUCGGAAUCACCUGCAGCGACGACUACUACUCGCGAUCAGCGACCGAGUUCCUCGCCGAGGCGUUUGUCAGUGUUCUCCAGGAGAUUGUGCAGCAGCCGCUGUCCCUGGUUCGGGACUUCAAACUCUUUAGCGACGCGCAACUCGACAACUCUCGGACUGUCGCUCGAUCCACUCCGCCGCUCUCGCAUUCAUGGCCUGCGACGUUGGUCGAGCGAUUUGCUCAAGUCGCCGUUCAGUUCCCGGACUCUGUCGCGAUCAAGGAUGGCGAUGAGAGUAUUACCUACAGCCAGCUGAAGGACCAGGUCGAGCUUUAUGCUAGUAUCUUGCUCGCUGCGGAUACCAGGAGUGGUACAUCGCGCGUUGCUGUCCUGUGCAAACCCAGUAUUGAUCUGUACGCCGUUAUGCUGGCAGUUUAUUGGAUCGGGGCAGUCUUUGUCCCACUGGACGCCAGUGUCCCCGCUGCACGACGCAAUGAGAUGAUCAAGGCGUGCCAGCCCCGCGUCCUGGUCUUCCAUCCCGCGACCGCAGACGAGGUCGCCGACAAGCAUCUCCACCUCGACACAGGCAGCAAGCUCAGCCUAGUCAACAUCACCAUGCUGGCCCGCACCCAUCGGCAAUCCUCCCCUCCCCCGCUUACCGUUUCGACAGACUCCGGCGCCGACAGCCACAUCCUAUUUACGUCUGGCUCAACGGGAAUCCCCAAGGGCAUCCGGCUGCACCAGCGCGGAAUCAUGAACUUUGCUGCAGCCGUAACGCAACGCUACAACCUCGGUCAAGUCCGCGUCCUCCAACAGACAUCCAUCGGCUUCGACGUCGGCUUCUCGCAGAUCUACACGGCCCUCGCCAACGGCGGGACCCUCGUCGUCGCGCCCCUCGAAGCACGCGGUGAUCCCGAUAGACUCUCUCGACUGAUUCUGGACAACAAAGUCCAGUGGACCAUGUGCACGCCCUCGGAGUAUAGCCUGAUGCUUACCUAUGCUGCUGAUCGGCUCCGCCAAUGCACGGAGUGGCGCUUCGCAGGUGCAGGCGGGGAGGUCCUACCGGAUCGUGUCGUGGAUGGCUUGCGCGACCUGGGCUUGCCUCAUCUCCUGCUGACGAACUGGUACGGGCCUACGGAAGUGACGGUGAUUACGGCGCAGGAUAUCCCCCUGAAUGGGCGUGCCUCUGACGACCACGAUAACAACCCGCUCGGCUCAACAAUCGGCCGCGUCCUCCCCAACAACGCCAUCUACAUUGCCAGCGAGGCCGACGGCACGCUCCUGCCCCUCGGGAUGCCCGGUGAGAUCUGCGUCGCCGGAAACAUGGUCGCGAACGGGUACCUGGACCCGAAGUUCAACGUGGACAAGUUCAUCGAGAACCCGUUCGCCACCAUCACUAGCGCAGCAGACAAAUACUACAACACAAUGUACAAGACCGGCGACAAGGGCAUCAUGCACCAAGACGGCUCAAUAACCUUCCUUGGCCGCACCGCGCGUGGCAGCACAGUGAUCAAGCUCCGCGGGCUCCGCAUCGACCUCGAUGAAGUCUCCGGGGCGAUCCUGGCCGCUGCCCCGGAGGAUCUCGCUGAAACCGCAGUGACGGUCCGCGGAGGCGAAUCCGAGUCGCAGCCGCAGUUCCUCGUCUGCCAUGUCUCGUUCAAACCCGGUAGACACAUCGAGCACCAGCGCCUGGUGGAUCUCGUCCAGCGCCUCCCGCUGCCGCGGUACAUGAUCCCCGCGACGAUUGUGGUCCUGGACCGCAUGCCCCUCGUCCCGAAUGGGAAGCUCGAUCGCGAGCUUCUAAAGACGUUGCCCCUUCCCGAUGCUGCGGCAGCAGCUAGCACCUCCCCCUCCGGAUUCCAGGGACCAAACGGCGUCGAAAAACUCACAGAGACGGAGGAACUCCUCCGCGCCCUCUGGAUACGGAUCAUCGGCGCCGCGGCCGCAAACGCGGACAUCGGUGCGCACUCCUCGUUCCUGUCCGUGGGCGGGAAUUCGUUCCUCUUGGUCCAUCUGAAGCAUUCGGUCAAGCGCGAGUUUGGGGUUGAUGUGCCUCUGCCGCAGCUGGGGAUGGCGGUGGAUCUGAGGGAGAUGGCGGAAGUUGUUGAGAAGGGGAGGGGGAGGCGGGACUAG